AUGGUGGUAUGGUCGUUCCCGUACCCUUCGCGGCACGGACAGGAACAAACCGACUUGGCAUUUCUGCUGAUGAUGAAAGAGAGUGAAAACCUGCGGCACCAGGCUUACACAGAUUUGACCCUGGCAGAAGCUGACAUGAUACUGCAGAAGCACAAUCGCCUCUCCCGCGAGCUGAUGCGCCUACGCUCGAAUAGCAUUGAGAUCAAGUUUUCAGCCGACGACUAUGUCUCUGCAGCCAUCCUCUACCGAUUCAAGGGCAAUACUACUUUGGCCAUUGAGUGUUAUCGCCAUGCCCUCGCCAUUAAUGCCAAGCAUGAACAGGCCUUGCUGCAGCUGGGAUACUGCAUGUUGCGUGCGGCACACUUUGCGCUUGGCGAGACACUGCAGGUUCAAAAGCGUCUGCUCGAAGCCAUCACCGAAUACGAGACAGCCAUCGCCCUCACCCCACAGCAUGGUUCUGCUCAACUGCGCCUGAAGGCCGCACGGGCUUUGCUGCGUGAGCUGGACAGCCAGAAAAAUGCAUCCUCCACCUGGGCCCUCAUUGGAUUCUGCGUAGCAUUCACCCUGCUGGCGGUGUAUUUCGGGGUUGCCAUGCCUGAACAGAAUGAAGCUCGAGUUAAGGAGCUUUAUCGCCCCUUUCCCCAAGCCAGCACCCGUUCUGCACCGGGCACAAGGCCCAUGACCACAGGCGCCCAGUUACGCCAGCGCCCGGGGCCCCCGCACCGCAAAUGA